CGUUGGGCGUUAGUUCGAAUAAAAUUAUCUGUUAUAACUUAUUUUAUACAAAUACAGUGUUUAUAACUAUCAUUUUCUAUGUACACUGAUUUUAGUAAUUUAGUCAUCAGUUUUUUUGACAACAGUUGACAAUUAUUGUCAUAUGUUACUGUAAAUAGUAUUUAUAUUUUUCUAUAAUCAUAAUAGUUCAACUAUAGUAGAUAUAUUAUUGUAAUAUGAUUUACAACUAAAUUUCAAAUGCGCGUUUACUAUGGCAUUUUUAAAAGAAAAGCUCAGUGCAUUUCUUGCUCAACCAGUUGAGAAAAAGCGGAGUGAUCAUCGUUUGAAGAAAGUUCAGUCAACCAUAGACCCCCGAUCAUGGAUUCUGGACGAAGAGCUCAAGCGGCAACAGUUCUUGAAUGUUGUAAAUAAUACAGGGGAUGGUGGUGGUGGUGGAGUGAGGGAGGAAAGAGAAGGAAGAGACGAACAUCAACCAGUAAAGUCUGUAGGCCAGCGAGUUCUAGAUGAGGAUAACGUAUUUCAGCUUGAAGACAAGAUCAAGACAUUGGAAGAAGACAAAAAUUUCUUAAAAAAUGUGAUUGCUGAUAAAGAAAAUGAAAUUGAGCAGCUCCUGUACAGAAUUCGUGCUAUGUUUGAGAUUGAACCAGUUGAAGGUAGUCCAAAUGAAAUAACUAUACUGCAAUCUCAGUUCAAUGAACUACUGCAACAGUUUAAUAGAAAAGAUGAAGAGUUGAAAAAAACAAAGGAUUUGCUGAAAAACACUGAAAAAAUGUUGAGAGACUUGCAAGCAUUAAUUGAAAGUACAGGGGAUGAUCCAGAAAAGCAAAAAGCUCAGUUAGAUAAGGUGAUGAAAGACCUUCAAGGUGGUAUGCAGGAUGACAUAGAAACACUGGAGAGUCAAGUGAAAAUACUUGAAGAAAAAUUAAAAAAUGCAAAUGCUGAAAUUGAAGAGCUUAAAACAGAUCUUGCAUCUGCUAAUAAACAAAUUGAAGCUUUAGCCAGUGGAGAUGAUAAUGAAUUAAAUAAAAUAAUUAUUGGAUUACGAAAUGAGCUGAAUAAUGCCAAAGCUGCAAAGGACGCAGAAAAUAAAGCUCUUAAGGAUAUAAUAGCUGAAAAAGACAAUGAACUUAAAAAUAUUAUUGCAUUAAAAGGUGGCCAAGACGUAAUGGUGGGAUAUAUCCCAGGUACCACAGAUAAAAUAACUGAUAAACCAGAUGAUGUGCAACCAGUUAUUUUAAGUACUGGUUCACCUGAGAUUGAUCACUUAAAGAGUUUACUAUCUCAAAAAAACAGAGAGAUUAGUGAACUAAAGAAUGAAUUAGAUAAUGAAAAAACACAAAACAGUGCCUUGAAAGACCAAUUGAAAUUAUUAGCUGACAGAGAUGAAAGUGGCUUAGCAAAUACAAUUGUUUCUUUAACAAAUGAGCUAGAAAAUUUAAAAAGAAAACAGUUAGAAGAAAGAGAAGCACCUAAAACUGUAACAACUGGAAGAUUUACAGAGCCCUUCCGAUGACAAAAUUGAUGACAGAUUAAAAAUUCUCGAAGGUAUGUUAAAUAGUGAAAAAGAGUUUAAUGAAAAACUUAAAAAGGAAUUACAAAAUGAAAGAGACAAGGUAGAACAUUUACUCUCUGCAGAUGACAG